UUAACAGACGACUUUGCCGAAGAGGAAGAGGUUCAGUCCUUUGGUUAUAAGCGGUUUGGUAUUCAAGAAGGAACACAAUGCACCAAGUAUAAAAGUAACUGGGCACUGAAAUUUUCUAUCAUACUUUUAUAUAUAUUAUGUGCCUUGCUAGCAAUAACAGUAGCCGUCUUGGGAUACAAAGUUGUAGAAAAAAUGGACAAUGUUUCUGGUGACAUGGAAGAUUCACGCCAACGAUGCAGUGAGAAGCUUUCAGAAGUUAAAAGUGAUUUAAAGAAACUGGAUUAUCAAGCUGAAGAGAAAGCUAUGACCACAAACACAGAGCUUUCAAGUUUCAAAGAUGAUAUUGUAGCCCUCCGCCAGCAAUUUUAUGAGAUUUCAGAGAAAACCACAAAGAACAAAGAUACACUGGAAAAGUUACAAGAAUCUGGUAGCAUGUUAAAUGAUAGGCAAAGUCAAAUGAAUGGUGUUUUGGACAGCAACUCUUUCAUGAUCAAAAAUAUCAACAAAACUCUUCAAGCUUACAAUGGCUACAUCAGUGAUCUCCAACAAGACACAAAUAACAUUCAAACAAACUUGCAAAGCCAAAUGCACUCACAUAAUGUUGUCAUACUGAAUUUAAAUAAUCUUAACCAGACACAGGUUCAGCAAAGAAAUCUUAUCAGUGCUUUGCAGAGAUCGGUGGAUGACACAAGUCAGGCUAUUCAAAGAAUCAAAAAUGACUUUCAAAACCUUCAGCAGGUUGCCCUCCAAGCACGGAAAGAUACUGAUUGGCUUAAAGAGAAGGUGCAGAUUUUACAAGUAUUAGCAGCUAACAAUUCAGUUAUGACCAAAGCUAAUAAUGAUACACUUGAGGAUGUGAGCAGUCAGUUAAAUUCAUUCAGUGGACAGAUGGAGAAUAUCACUACUAUUGCUCAAGCCAAUGAACAAAGUUUGAAGGAUCUCCAAGAACACUAUAAAGAAUAUGAAAACAGAACAUCUGCCAAAUUUAACCAGCAAGAAGACCAAUUUCAUAGCUUUGAGACAGAUAUUGUCAACAUUAUUAGUAAUAUUAGCUACACUGCCCAUCAGUUACGGACACUAACCAGCAAUCUCAAUGAUGCCAGGACAACGUGCACAGAUACUCUUAGUAAGCAUAUGGAUGAGCUGACUUCUAUGAACAACACAUUAACUAAUAUUCGUUUUGAUGCUACUACUUUAAGGAUGCAGCAGGAUGUGAUGCGGACACGGUUAGAUAUUGAAGUAGCAAAUUUAUCAGUAAUAAUGGAAGAAAUGAAGCUGGUGGAUUCUAAACAUGGCCAGCUGAUUAAAAAUUUCACAAUACUGCAAGGUCCUCCAGGUCCAAGAGGGUCCAAAGGUGACAGAGGACCCCAAGGUCCAAUUGGACUUACUGGGCCCAAGGGACAAAAAGGAGACAAAGGAGAACCAGGACCUCCAGGACCUCAAGGUGAAAAGGGACCAAGUGGCCCAUCUGGAAUACCAGGUGAAAAAGGUGGAAAAGGUUCCAGAGGUUCACCUGGAUCUAAAGGCCAGAGAGGUUCAACUGGGAAGACUGGGCUGCCCGGUCCUAGUGGAGAUCCAGGACUCCCUGGACCACCUGGCAAAGAUGGACCCCCUGGCCCACAAGGCCCACCUGGACCCCCAGGUCUUCAAGGAUUUGUUGGCGAACCAGGGAUACCUGGUGCUCGUGGGUUGUCUGGUUUCCCAGGUGUACCUGGACUACGUGGUCUUCCAGGCGAGCCUGGUCCUCCUGGACCGCCAGGUCCAGCAAUAGCUAUGGCACUACAAGGCGAAAUUAGCGGUUGUCCUGCUUACUGGAAGAACUUUUCAGGCAACUGCUACUACUUUUCAAAUGAAAGAGCCAUAUUUGAUGAUGCAAAGCUUUUCUGUGACGAAAAAUCAUCUCAUUUGGUUUUCAUCAAUAGCAAAGAGGAACAG